CACAGAGUUAUCUCCCAGAAUCCUACUCGCUUCGGAUCACUACCUGGAAGAUCCUAUGGCCAUCUGCUCAACAAAUCCAGUAGCACUAGGCUGAUACCGGUGCUAGACUUCAGCGCCCGUUAGCUCUACCUCCACUAGAUUCCUCCAUCUCCUUCAAGCAUUUCCUCCGCCAAGACGCGCCUCCCCCGCUCCUCUUCCGCCAGAUCCCGGAGGUGAUCCGCGGAAGAGGAUUCGGGACAGAGGCGCCGCGGAAUUUGACAGGGGAAGCCGCUUCUCUGAGGUUUUUGAGGUGUUUCAAAGUUUGCCCGCUUUUGAAUAUUGUCCAGGCUUUUGGAUUGGAAGCCCUAAGCCUUGCAUUUAAAGUCGCUGAGGUGGAGACGUGGGGCGAGUUUGGGGCCUUUGGCUUGCAGCCUGAAACCCGUGGCCGCUUCCAGUGUGAAGCUCUGGGCUUGCUUCGGCGAGGUUCUAGGCGUAAAACUUCGGGCUUUGCGCUUUGAUUUUGAACCUUUGGGGGUGCAGGCUGAGGCCUUGGCUUCGAAGUGUUGGGCUUGGGGGGCUCCCUAGGUCUGAACCCUUAGUCUUGAGAAAUUGAGACUUUGGGUUUGGGGCCUGAGGCCUCUCUGGGGCUUGAGGCCUUGGGCCUGGGGCUUUAGGCUUGAGCCUUUGGAUUUGAAGCCGAAACGUUUGAAAUUUGAUAAGUUUUGGCUGAUAAAGUCAAAAACCUUGGGAAAAGUUGCAAAGCUUUUGACUUUAUCGCUCAGAAUUUGAAUCGAAUCGCUAUGAACGGACAAACUACAAAAGGCGGCAAAGCGCAGCCUGUUUCGUUUGAAAAAAAUCCUACAGCGUUCGGAAAUAUUUCCGAACGAAUUGGACAAUAUUUUCGAACGAGUUGGCGAAUAUUUUCGAAGAGUUCGAAAGUGAUUGGCUAUUCUGCAAAAAAGUCGCUCUUUUUUUCGAAGGUGGCGAAUAGUUUGCGACUUCGUUCCAGUUUCGAACUAUUCGGAAACAUUUCGAACUUGUUCGAAAACAAUUCGAACGCUGUAGGAAUUUUUUCGAACGAAACAGGUUGCGCAUUGAAGCUUUUUGCAAUUUGUCUGCUCAUGUGAAUCGCCUGCGGCUGCGAUUGGCUACACAUCCCGGGCAGCGCGUUGACCGGAGUGGCGAUCGUGGGUGAAUGACGUGCCACGCUUGAGGGCGUCAGAAGUUCCCAAGCUUUUCCCAAGUAAGUCCAUAAGCUCCUAAAAAGUUCAGAAGUUCGCGAGUUCAUGAGUUCGCGCCCCUGUUGUUGCAGUGUUUUUGGUUCGAGUGUUUUUGGUUCAAGUUUGGCGAGCUGAUACCUUUUCGGUUUUAUGGCUACGCGCCAUAGUUUGUCUAUAUUUUCCAUGUAGGCGGCCCUCUUAUUGGGGCGGAAACAAAGCUUGAGGGCCGGCUAGGCGAUUUCGUUCUCACCUCUGGAAAAUUGGAAGUCUUUUACUUUCUUCACUUGGAAAAAAAACGGAGAAACUUCGUCUACUCCUGAGGACUUUCCUCCGCCUUGUCGCCUGAGCAUCUUCAAGCCGGCCCCGAUGCGUUGGGCAAGGUCGCUCCGCCGGCGGCGCCAGGUUGUCGCGAAAAAUGAUCAGCUGGAGGAGAGACCGAUGGCGGAUCGGGCCCAGCUAUUGUUGGCAACAUGCUAGAAAUCAACGACGACGCCGAAGAGGAGAACGAGGCAGAUGGGUCGCUAGGCGCAACAGACCACAAGGAAGCUCAAGCUGAAGCACUCACUUCAGGAGGACAGCACGGGAGAAGCUCUUGCAGUGAAUGCACUGGCUGGGCCUUCUCUUAGACCGGAUCGCCAUGGACUGGAGAAGGAGACGAACACGAAGAACCGCGCAGAACUGUGUCUGCCUUGCCUCUUCUCGUUCACAUCUUUGAGAACAUGGAGACGAGCCGCAAAAAGUGAGUCGUGUUAUAUUUUGGGACUAUAAAGCGCACCACGCUCAGGCAACACCCACUAGGUGGCGCCACUUGGGUAGUUGGUUUCUUAGUAAUUUUAUAGCCAAAAACGAAAGUCGAAGCCCUUUGAUUUGUAGCUUUGUUCCUGGCCACCUUAUGGGGAUUCGCUACUUGGAAAGUCGCCGCGUCGUUCGAGUCUGUAGGCGACAUGCAAGGGCAAGAACGUGCGUCGUUUUCGGGCUGAAUCUUUCUAAGUCUGUAGGGGACAAGGAGCGGGACUGUGUCAAGGAAUUUCGUGGAUGCGCAACAUAUUUGAGCGGCGAGAUCGGGGCACCCCGGCCACCAUCAGGCACCAUAGCAGAGCCAUCGACCACACCGACACCAAGAGAGGGCUGGCAGGCUAUUAUUUGCAUGAAGACCGCCAACGGGGGGCGCAGGCUCAGGCGACAGGCUUCAACCUGCUGCGGGAAAAGCGGGACAUCGCUCGACUGAUUGGCCCCGCGCUAGGAUGCUCGGGCGACAAGGUGGGGAAGCGGUUUUCAGUGGUGCGCGAAGUUUUCUGCUUUCCAAUUGGAGAAAAGGGGCGACUUUCAAUCUUUCGGGAGUGGAAAUGAAGCCACUUCUCUGGCUUUCAGGUUUUCUGCCCCAACAGCGCGGCCCCUAAGUCGGUUCGAUAGAGAAGAUAUAGACAAACUCACUCUAGCACUUUUUAAACAAAAAGACACCAGCUCGCCAAGUUCAAGCGUUUUCGGCUCAGUUGUUUUUGGUUCGGGUGUGUUUGGUUCGGAGGUUGGAAGGACCCCCGUUGUUGAUUUUUUAUUUGGCUCUUUAAUAUUCAUAAUAGAAAUGUACUUUCGUAUACAUGGUAUGAAAAGAUCCAAGACUUAGCUAGCAGAUUAACUGCAACUACAACAGCGGGCAAAUACAUGACAAGGGGGGUAAGAAUAAUUUCAAUGAUCUGCAGCAAGGUCUAUAAUGAGGUGGCUUUGUAUUAUCGGCGCACUUUUUCGUGACCUGCUCUCUACUCUUUGUUGGUGUGAAAAAAAAAAUAGUAUGAGGAUCUGCCUCUAAUGGUGUUUUUGCCGGCCUCCGUGAUGCGUCCAGCGAGACUAACUCCACAGAAGUAAUCAUCAAGAAAAAUGGCACCAAUAACAGCAGGGCAUCUUCAACAACGAGGGCCUCUAGGUCUAGAAGCAUGUCCGCAAGAAAUUCGAACAAUAAUUCGAACUCCACAAUACCCGGAAGGGGAGUGAGCUUUGUCGCGGUCCGGCACGCAGGAGUACACAAGCAAACCUUGGCGAAACGAAUAGAAAAGACAUCCCCGAAGAAUAUUCUGAAGGAAAUCGAC